AUGAGAACCGGCUUUUUUGUUUCCUGCCGCCUAAACAAGGAAUCCAAAGGGCUGAGGGAGGUGACAGGAAAGCUGCAGGGGCUAGUGGAGCCACCAAGAAAGAACUCGGAAGAAAAAAGCAUUCGAAGGAUUCUUGAAGAGGAAAUAGAGGAAUACAAGAGCUGCACACAAUUCACGAAGCAUGACGGGUACAGAUGCGUUCUGCUGCUGGAGAACAGAAGCACCGAAACGUCUCUGUCUCUGUUCUACAAGCUCAGAGCUUCCGGGACAAGGUUUGAGUAUGUGCACAGAAUAGUUCCACUGGACAAUUUCUUCCAAUUUGACGAAGAAAAAAUCCUGGAGAGCAUCGGAAGACUUGAUGAGAACAAGAGCUACAGAAUAAUGUACGAAGGGAGGCUGUGCCACCAUGAGAUGAAAAAAAAGGUUUUCGACCUUAUAACGAAGAGCAUAUCCCUGAGGGUAGACCUUGAAUCACCGCACUAUAUCAUUGCGGUUCAAGCAUUCAAAGGUAACCUGGGGGUUUCCGUCGUUGAGGGCGAGAAGGAGAACUUUAACUUUUCUGCCAUAUGA